AUCCCCUCCCUCUUGGGCUUCCCAGACACUGAGUCUGGAAUGAAAAUUCACCUGCCUCUGAGUUGGCUACUGGCGGGGGCAGGGCUGUUACUUGGCUUCCCAGGUUGGAAGAUUAUCUCACCCAGCUCCAACUAUAUAAGCCGAGCAGUGCGGAGGGAUUCAGUAGGGCCAACUCCAGGGACUCAUCCCACAGGAGAAAACCAUAGAGGCACUGCAGCCAACAUGAUGAUGUUGAAGGUAGAGGAGCUGGUCACAGGGAAGAGGAGCAGCCUCGAGGGGACAGGGGAAUUCCUUCCUGCUGAUUUUAGAGAUGGAGAGUAUGAAGCUGCCGUUACUUCAGAGAAGCAAGAGGAUCUCAAGACACUCCCAGCCCACCAUGUGAUCCUGGCAGAGCAACAGUGGGAAAAGGAGAAGCAGCGGGAGGCAGAGCUCAAAAAGAAAAAACUAGAGCAAAGAUCAAAGCUUGAAAAUUUAGAAGACCUUGAAAUAAUCAUCCAACUGAAGAAAAGGAAAAAAUACAGGAAAGCUAAAGUUCCUGCAGCAAAGGAACCGGAACCGGAAAUCAUUACAGAACCUGUGGAUGUGCCUAGCUUUCUAAAAGCUGCUUUGGAGAACAAACUGGCAGUAGUAGAGAAGUUCUUAUCAGACAAGAACAACCCAGAUGUCUGUGAUGAGUAUAAACGGACAGCUCUUCACAGAGCAUGCUUGGAAGGGCAUUUGGCAAUUGUCGAGAAGUUAAUGGAAGCUGGAGCCCAGAUUGAAUUCCGUGAUAUGCUUGAAUCUACUGCCAUCCACUGGGCAUGCCGUGGAGGAAACCUGGAGGUUUUAAAACUGUUGCUGAACAAAGGUGCAAAAAUCAGCGCCCGAGAUAAGUUGCUCAGCACAGCAUUGCACGUGGCAGUGCGCACAGGCCACUACGAUUGUGCAGAGCACCUCAUCGCCUGUGAAGCAGACCUGAACGCCAAAGACAGAGAGGGUGACACGCCCCUGCAUGAUGCUGUGAGACUGAACCGUUAUAAGAUGAUAAGACUCUUGAUUAUGUAUGGUGCGGACCUCGGCAUCAAGAACUGCGCUGGAAAGACCCCAAUGGAUCUAGUGUUAAACUGGCAAAAUGGAACCAAAGCAAUAUUUGACAGCCUCAAAGAGAACUCAUACAAGACCUCUCGCAUAGCUACAUUCUAAGAAAAUGAGACAAUCAGCAAUUGCUUAUUGGCACUUUGAAGGCAUGACCUGAAUGAAGGGCAACUUGCCAGAGUCCAACAUCUGUUCAUCAACCUGCUGUGAAGAUGCAAUCAACAAAGUUUCAAGGAAGCACGGGGUUAUAAGGUGUUUAAAUUUUCUUUAGCAAAACCCAAACUAUUUAUUUUAAUUUAUUCCACUUUAUUUAUUUACUUUGAUGAUACUGAUCUCCAGACCUUCAUGAACACCCAUUUGGUAAGCAAAGCACUUUCUGUAUACAGCAUUUCCCAAGCUUGAUAGUUCAACUGUGGGAAACGAGCGAUGUUCCGAGUGUCUAGUCAGGUGUCUCCUCACGCGUGUCAAGAUUUCUUCAAGGUGUUUUUAAAUGAAAAGGGUGACUGUUACAGCUCUCUUUUCUCCUGAACUUUUAAUGCUGAAGUUCAAAUGAUGAAGCAAUGAAAGGCAUGUAGCGACAGGAAGAGAACAAGACAAUGAAAGUAAUUCUGUGAGAACCACAGGAAAGCCAACCAUUUCCCCCUGAGGCCUGGUUUUGUUUUGUUGCCAAACGAUACAGAGUUCCAAGGUGAAGAGAAUGUGGUGGAUGUAAGUGCAGGGUAGGGAAGGG